CCCAUUUCUCACCUCCUCUCUGUUUCUUCUCUCUCUCUUUCCGUCGCCUUCGCCCUGAAGAAGCUUAUCUGAAGCCUUUUCUUUGGGUGCAGCCGUGCAGGCUACUUUUUUUUUUCUUCGUUUUUGCUAUAUUCAGUGGCGCAUGAUAACCAUGGAAAUACCGGUUAUCAGUAGAAUAAACGGUUUUGAAGCAGGGAUAAAUUGCUUACAGAACCCAUCUUUCGUUUCCCGUCUUUUUCAUCUCGCAGGGAUCGAAAAAGUUUCUCUCAAUUACAGUCUCUGGACAUGGGGGGCCCUGAUUGUCGCCUUCCUUGCAACUUUCAGUAGCGUAAUCGCAAGAACCCAACUCCUAAUUUUCAGAUUGUGGAGGGGUAGACCCGUAACUUCAGAACAUAUUUUCAGGACGCUGGUCGACGACGACGAUGAUGAAGAUGAGAGCUUCUCAUGUUCUUCAUCGGAUGAUGAAGACGAAACCGUUUCGGAAUUCGAAAAUCGAGGACCCAUCGAUGAAGAUUUUCGAGUGGCGGGUUCUCGUAAUUGCGACGAGGACCGAGAGGAGAGUUUUAGAUUGAGACACCGGCGACGACGCAGCAGCUGCGAAGAUGGAUCUUCGUGGUCCGACUUCGCAAGCAGCAAAAGCGUCGUCAAAUUAUGGGACGGAUUAGGCCUGGGGUUUCGGAACCCGUCGGAGAAUGUUAUCUCGAUGUGGGAUCUGAACAAAGACCAAACCAUAUGUUCGUUCUUUGGAGGAAGGUGUCAGUUCCCAGCAGUGUCGAUGGUGUCGCCGGCAGUGAUAUUAUCGGCGGGACUGGAGAACCGCAGAAACGCAGCGUUGAGGAUCUGGGACGCCAGAGUGGGGCGUCAGAUUCCGGCGAGUUUUGCGGAAUGGCAGCCUCGACAGAGAAGGAUAACGGGCGUCGACUCAGGCGGAGUGGAAAAGGUGUACGUCAGAGAUGACGCCAGCUCAGUGGUGGUGCGAGAUAUGAGGAACCUUGGACUGCCUUUAGAUUCGACGGAACCGGAAUCAGAAAAGACUUGGUGGGAUGCUGACGCCGUCAUCUUAUCGGACGGAGAAUGCGGCGGUGACGGUUGCUUCGGAAAGAGGCUGGGGAAUGUUGGUGGGUCCGUCGUGUCACGGUGUCGCGACGCGGUGAAGUCUUACCUGUUUUAUUAAAGUCACAUUUCGAAGUGGGACGAGCUAGAGCUAAAAUUAGCCACCCCUGAUCCCUGAGACCCCGAGACGCCGCCGUUGGAGGGCUUUCUUUGUAAAUAACUAUUAUUGCUCGGGGAAAUGGCAAGAUGCAUUGUCCCUCGAUUAAUUACGCUUAAUCUUAAUUAAUAAAAAAACAAUCGUUCGGUGAAUUAUUUAUGGAAAUGACUUCUCAAUAAAAAUUAUGAGAAUGAUACUAUUUGUCUUAGACUGACACGUGGAAG